UUAAACACCGGUUCCUCUCUCCGCGCCACCGCCGGUAACCGCCACCAGAAGUAAGAGAAACCACGCGUGUCAGCCAGCCAUUGGAUCACCACCAUUCGCGCUGUUCGGCGUGCGCACCCGAUCCCGUCUCCGUGCGGCUUUGUGAGUAGAGAAGGGAAGGGGAAGCAGGAGCAGGAGGGGUUCGUCAUCGCGUGGUGGCCGCGCCGCUCUGUUCCUCCGUCCCCUCCUCCUUCCGGCUCUCGCUGUCACAUGUCGUGUGGUGUGGGGGCGCUCUGAUCCGGAUGGUGCAGCGCCGCGGGAUCGCCCACGGCCAUGAUUGAUCGCGAACGAGCAGCAGAUUACCCUGGUCCAUCAGCAUUUCAUUCAGGACCAUAGUGAUGGUUCAGGUUUGUUACAUACCAGAGAUCAACGGCCACAUCUGACACCCCUACCAUAAACACCCAUCGGAGUUUCAAAGUUUGGAAACAAAAGGAACAUAACACAUGUCACACAGGACACCACGUCCAAGGCUAUGCAAAGUAAAUCAUGGUGGCGAGUGGAGCACAGUUACUCCUAAGACUUGAGCAAAGAGAAGAUGAAUCACUACAACUUCUGCAUACCACACCAUCUGCCAUCCUGAAAACACAGAAUCUCUGAGCUUCCAAAGGCCCCACAUCGCUGCGGAGAUAAACGCUAACACACCCAUGCCUCUUCUCACAGAUCCAACAUUUUGCAUCUGAUUUAAAGUCACAUACCUUGUGUUUAAACACUUCAGCUAGCUCCAUCCACAUUUUAGAGGCUACUAAGGACAUCCAGUGCUCCUAAAUGAGUGGAAUCUGGGGAAGGAACAACCAAGGCAAGCCAACCCUGCAUUUUUGCACAGAGGUUGCGUCGAACCCACUUUGGCUCAGUGGAAAGGAUUCUCACCACUGUGUUAGGCUUGUCCUUUUAGAGGCUACUAAGCUUCCAUAAAACAGUGCUAAACAUCACAACAAAUAAAUAAGAACACAUUGAAUUGAAGAAAUCAGUGAAGCACAGUAGCAGCAAGCCAGCAAGACAUUUUUUUUGGAGAAAAGUAUUUUCAGAUAACCAUCAGUACAAAUUGACUAUAAUCUACUGAUGUUGGCAACAUUGAAGUUAGUUUAUACUGAUGGUUAUUUGAAAAUACUGUUCUUUAAACAAUUUUUUGUCUUGCUGCUACAAUGCUAUCACUGAUUUCUUCAGUGUCGUUAUUUAUUUGUUGUGAUGUUUAACACUAGUAGUGUAGCUUCUGCAUCAUAUUAAAAGAAGCUUGCACUGAAACCUGACCCGAGGAUGAUUUCUCAUGCAAAUAAGUGUGUUUGAGUUUCUGUAUGCAGCAAAAUCUUUGUAUUUAUUUGGGGGGAAUGUGUUUUUUAAUAUAUGCUACAGAAAGUUUGGCGCCAUGCUUUAAUUUCAGAAUUAUGUAGUAACUUAACUGGGUUUGGAUGAAUGUUUGAAUUGGUUGUUUCAAAUCAUUUUGCUUGACCCUGUAUGCCUUUGAACAAGCAUUAACAACAUGAAGACCCCUUUGCUAACUGGUAUGCAACUAGUUUUUAAUGCGUUAAUUUUAUUUGAUUCUUGCAGUUUGUGAAAUGGGCAUGCACUGACACAAAUUGAUAUGAACUGUAGCUUCUUAUAAUAUUUUUCUUUGAUAGAGAAAUUGGUUGCAUAAUGUCAUAUAGUGGGGAUGCGGGUGGUCAUUUCACAAUGUUGUUUUUCCUUGAUCUAAUGUUCUCUUGGUUAGGGUGCAUGGUGGGUUGUGAACAAACAUAAUGAAACGGUGGGAGUAGUCAGCAGUUUGUCAGCAUUAGCAACUACAUGUAGCCCCUUUCAAAAUGCAUUGCUCAUUGCUUUGCGGUCCAGAUUUCCCCUGCUUCUAUCUCUUGUCAUGUUUCCUACAAAAGGAUCAGCAGCAGUUCUAUUUCAAUAAGUUUCUAUCCCAAAUGUUAUAGGUGGGAAACACAACAUAUCUAUGCUACUCCUUCCAAAAUACUUUGAUAAUCCCAUGAUGAUCCAAAUGAUCCUUUUUAUUUGAGCGCUUAGCAAUUGACCUGUGCUUCUAAACUUAACCUGAUGUUUGUAUGGGGGUGUUUGGUUCCAUGGGACUAAACUUCAGUCCCUCCCUUUUUGUCUAUUUUAGUCUCUAAAUUACUAAAUAUGGGGACUAAAAGGGAAUAAAUCAGAUUUCUUCCCCUCUCUUUAGUCCUAUUUUUGGUAAUUUAGAGACUAAAAAAGAGAGACUAAAGUUUAGUCUCAUGGAACCAAACAUGCCCUAACAUUGAACGGAAACUUUUGGAUGCCUCCAGAAAAAUUGUAAAGAUCUGGAUCAAAGAUUCACGAAUUCACCUAUUUUGCUGACAAAGUUGAUGCUUUAGCUAACAUACUAGAGUUCAAAUACUUGAAACAUCAUCUAGGAUCAGCAUAACACAUCAAUUACAUUUUGUGACAGAAGCUGCAACUAGAUAUUAACCACCCAACUUUGUGUUGAUCAGUCAUUGUUACGAUUGACUUUGAUUUUAUGACUCUCCCAAGCACAUAUGGCUGACACACCAAAAGGAAAGUUCCAUUCUCGCUCAUCCCAUAAAGUCUACCAACAUUAAAAGGAGGGCCCUAAAAAUUCGAUUCCUUUGCAUCGGUGCCUAUUCUAGCAUUUGGCGCUCUUGUAGCACAUAAUUCAAACUUUGCUUUUGAAGUAUAGUAGAGAUGGAACCAUCUCUAUUUUGCACCUCUCUUGUGACACUGUUGGAGCUGUCCUAGCAUUGCCUUUCUAUUCUUGCUGUUAUUUUUUAUUUUGUUGAAUCUUAAAAUAUCUUGUCGCAGCCUUAAUUAGAUGCAUAUUAAAUGUUCUGACUGCAUGUAUGGUUUUAUUUCAGAAUCUUAAUUGCACUGUUUAUAAUUUUCUUAUGUGUGUAGUUUAUUUGAUGCAGAGGAAAUGCAAGUUAAUAAUGAGGCACCACUAGGGUGCCUCAAGCCAAAUAUUUCUCAGUAUAACUCUCCAGAGCAGAUAGGUGGUGUUGAAGGGUUUCCUGAGAAUAAUGAAAAAAGGAAUGAUAUUGUUGCUGCGGAAAAAAUCUGGGAGGCGACUCCAAACCAAGGCCUUAGCAGGCCCAUCUACCGACAAGAAUUUUAUGCCUGGCCAUAUAUUUAUUCAGAUUAUCAAAUCGUGCGUCAGCCACUACCUUAUGGUUUUGACAACCAAUUUUAUCAGAUAAAUAGGGACCACGGUUUCCCUAUUGAGAACAGGGUUCAAUAUCUUCCAUUCAAGAUGCUCCCUCAAGGUCACCCCCAUGAUGCACAGCUUCAGGAAUUUCAGUAUUUUGUGGUUAUUGACUUUGAAGCAACCUGUGACAAGGUGAACAAUCCAUUUCCACAAGAAAUCAUCGAGUUUCCAUCUGUCUUGGUUAACAGUGCAACUGGAAAACUCGAAGAAUGCUUCCAAACAUAUGUUCGGCCGACGUAUCAUCAAUUUUUGACUGAUUUUUGCAAGGAGCUUACUGGCAUACAACAGAUUCAGGUGGACAGAGGUGUGCCUCUAGGUGAAGCCUUACUCAUGCACGAUAAAUGGCUAGAGGACAAGGGCAUCAAGAACACAAACUUUGCUAUUGUGACCUGGUCUAACUGGGACUGCCGUAUAAUGCUGGAGUCGGAAUGCAGAUUUAAGAGAAUCAGGAAGCCCCCUUAUUUUAACAGGUGGAUCAACUUGAGGGUACCGUUCCAGGAAGUGUACGGGGACGUCCGCUGCAACCUGAAGGAGGCAGUCCAGCUGGCCGGGCUCACAUGGGAGGGGCGCGCUCACUGCGGGCUCGACGACGCCCGCAACACCGCUCGCCUCCUGGCACUUCUGAUGCACCGGGGCUUCAAGUUCUCCAUCACCAACUCACUGGUGUGGCAACCUGCCGCCGCUCCGCAGUCAACCGCCGCCACCUGCCACUUCUCCCCGGACCGCUCUCCGGACCCAGUCGUCGUCCAGCUCCAGCACCAGCAGCAGCAGCACAAGCCGAAGGAGGCGCUGGGGUCUCCCGCGUCGCUGGUGAACCCAUCGUACGCCACCCCCGCGGGAGGGAAGGACAGAGCCAUGUACUGCUACUGCGGGGUGCUGAGCCGGUGGAGCGUCGUGCGCAAGCCGGGACCCAUGCAGGGGCGCUACUUCUUCGGGUGCGGGAACUGGACCGCCACCCGGCGCGCCAUCUGCCCGUACUUCGCAUGGGCCUCGUGAAUAGCAAAGCAAGCAGAGAUCUGGGCUGGUGCUUUAACCGAGGGAGGCGCGCCAUGUUGCUGCGGCUGGCUGCUGCGCCUCCCAGUUCCGUAUAUAUUAUUAUUGUUAUUAUUAUGGUAUAAUAACUUUGCUCGCGAGACAAUGGAGGUUAUCUAGGUAGUGUCUCUAACCUGUCGUACUGACUUCUGUCGAUAGAAGAGAAUGGGGCCAGAUGCUGCUUAGGUGUGAUCUAUCCUAUCCAUCCAUGGAUAAUAAAGAAGUUUGUGGAUUGCUGUUUUAUUAACUUGAUGGAACUCCUCCGUAGGUGUGGUUUGUGCAACUUGGAUUUUGAAGGCUUGUGCGUCUGUGAGUGUUUGAUCAAAUCGAAGGUGGUGUUUGUUUGCUGAAUGAAAUGGUUAUGGAAGGUGCC